CACACACAUCAUUAUACAUGUGCGUAUGUAUUCAUAUGUAGAAUUUUACAAACGUGUUACUGUAUCCUGUCUUGGUACUGAUUUUCCGACUGGCAGUAUAUCUGAAAUACCUUUCAUGUCUAAGUAUUUCUCCCGUCUUAGCACUGAAUAAGCUGUAAUGUCAGUGUUUGCAUUGAUCAUCUGCAUGUGUUCAUGCAGUCAGCUUUUCUGGACUCAGUGCUGACCACUGCCUGGGCAGUCCGUCCGUCACCCCAUCCACCUGCCAUGUCUUGACCCACAUCACCCUCUCUGGAGGCCAGAAGAGACUCAGGUUUGGCUGAUGCAGAUCCUCUUCACCCUGGACGGUGUGACUGGAGGAAGCAGGAUUGCUCAGAGUGAGAGAAAGCGUCCUAGACACACCUGGUCUCAGGUCCAGAUCACAGCCCCCCUGCCCGGAGUGAGCCGCACUAUGAGGUCUGAAGGCACAGUCUCCACCGAAGACCACCCCCAGUUCUCACACAAACUGUAGGUUCAGGAGUUUCCCGAAACCAGCCUCAGGAUCAAUAAUUCAGGACUAGAAGGACAUCCAGAACUCUGAGAGCUGUUUUAGUCCAGUACGGUUUAUUCCAGGGAAAGGGUACAAACUAAUGUCGGCCAAGGAAACAGGUGCAUAAGGCGAGGAGGUCCAGGGCUGUUCCCAACCCGAGCUUCCAGCGUCCUCUCCCCAGAGAGUCAGGACUCCUUACUCUGCUGGCAUCAAUGUCUGACAACACGCACGGAGCACUGCCAACCAGGGAAGCUCACCUGAGCUCCAAUGUUUAGAGUUUUCAUCAGGACUUCAUCGCAUAGACACAGUUGGUUGAUUGAUUCUAUAAACAUGAUUGAUUUAUUCAUUGCUUGGAUGUUAACCUCAGUCUUCAGGUCAACUGAUACCCAUGACCCAAAACCCUCCACCCAGAAUCACCUGGUUGGUCCUUCUAGCAGAGCCAGCUCCCACCAUAAGACUUGGGUAUAGCCAGCCAGCACCCAAAACAGAGCCCUUCCUGUUCCGUAUGAUGUAGAUUCCUCUCAGAAGCUGAGGACAAAGGCCAGACCUCUCUUUGGUCGAGACCAGUUUCUUAAUACCUACCCACCAACAGGGAGCUGGCCACGAAUCCUGCUAAAAUGCCUGGGUCUUGAAGUCAAGCUCUAGUUUCUCUGGAUUUUGUGUCUUCGGUAAAGGAAAUCCUAAGACAACUGGUCAGUUCUGGAUUCUAAAACUAUGGCCCAUGGACAUGUGGGCUUGUGUUUUCAGAGUCUGGUGACAUUCUCAGAUGUGGCCAUCAACUUCUCUCAGGAGGAGUGGGCGUGUCUGGACUCCACGCAGAGGGACCUGUACUGGGAUGUGAUGUUGGAGAAUUACAGUAACUUGGUCUCACUGAAUUUGGAGUCACCAUUUGAGACCAAGAAUUUAACUACACAAAAGGGCAUUAAUGAAAUAAAUUUUUCCAAAUGGAACUCAGAUGGAAAAAAUAAAUCCCUCGGCCUUAACUGGAUGUGUGAAGGUGAGUUGGAAGGAGCACAGGGCCCUCAAGAGGGAUAUUUCAAUCAGAUGAUAAUCAGCUGUAGGAAAACGCCCACUGAUGGACAAAAUACCUCUGUUAGACCACAUCAGAGACUUCAUAAUAGGGAGAAUUCCUAUGAAUGUAAGGAAUGUGGGAAGGCCUUUAGUCGUGGCUACCAACUUACUCAGCAUCAGAAAAUUCACACUGGUGAGAAACCCUAUGAGUGUAAAGAAUGUAAAAAGGCCUUUCGUUGGGGUAACCAACUUACACAACAUCAGAAAAUUCACACUGGUGAGAAACCUUAUGAAUGUAAGGACUGUGGGAAAGCCUUUCGAUGGGGUUCGAGCCUCGUUAUUCAUAGGAGAAUUCACACGGGUGAGAAACCCUAUGAGUGUAAAGACUGUGGGAAGGCCUUUAGACGUGGUGAUGAGCUCACUCAGCAUCAGAGGUUUCACACUGGUGAGAAAGACUAUGAAUGCAAAGACUGUGGGAAGACCUUUAGCCGUGUGUAUAAGCUAAUUCAACACAAGAGAAUUCAUAGUGGUGAUAAGCCCUAUGAAUGUAAAGACUGUGGGAAGGCCUUUAUCUGUGGUUCGAGCCUCGUUCAACAUAAAAGAAUUCAUACCGGUGAGAAGCCCUAUGAAUGUCAAGAAUGUGGGAAGGCCUUUACUCGUGUCAAUUACCUCACUCAACAUCAGAAAAUUCAUACUGGUGAGAAACCUCAUGAAUGUAAGGAGUGUGGGAAGGCCUUUCGUUGGGGUUCAAGCCUUGUUAAACACGAGAGAAUUCAUACAGGUGAGAAGCCAUAUAAAUGCACAGAAUGUGGGAAAGCCUUUAAUUGUGGCUAUCACCUUACUCAACAUGAGAGAAUUCACACUGGUGAAACACCUUAUAAAUGUAAAGAAUGUGGAAAGGCCUUUAUUUAUGGGUCAAGCCUUGUUAAACAUGAGAGAAUUCACACAGGGGAGAAACCUUAUGGGUGUAAAGAAUGUGGGAAAGCCUUUAGUCAUGGCCAUCAGCUUACACAGCAUCAGAAAAUUCAUACCAGUGAGAAACCCCAUGAGUGUAAGGAGUGUGGAAAGGCAUGUAACCAUGCAAACCAUCUUAGAGAACAUCAGAGAAUUCACACUGUUGAAAAACCUUUUGAAUACAAAGACUGUUUGGAGGCACCUAUACAGCAUUCAUUUCUUCCAUGACAGGAGAAAAAUUCGUGAUACAAUUUAACAUAACAAAGCCUUCACUGGUCAGUCUUCUUAUAGAAUAUCAGAAUAGUCAUGCUAGAGGCAAAUAUGGAGACUGGAGAAAUUACUUUUUUUUUUAAUGAUUACAAGAUACGCAGUGUAGACUUUUUUUACUGGACGGGUUAAUUUAAUGGAUGCAUAGAAGCUUUCUUAUACCUUUCGAUAUCUGUCACAUUUCAGAUUCAUUCUAGGGAAUAACUCUGCUAAUGUAACAUGUGCAAAAGCCUUUCAUGAUGGUACAUACUCUCCCAGUUAGCAUCACCAUCCCACCUCUACUCCCUGUGAGACACUGGGCAAAUUAGCUCUUACUCCUGUGUAGUAUUUGUGAAAUGGAGAUGGAUAAACACACCGACCUAAUACAUCUAUUGUGGAGAUUAAAUCAGUUUGGUACAUGUAAAUUCCUUGAAAGUGUAUCUGGAAUAUUGUGUAAGCUCAAUAAAUACUAGCUGUUGUUGUUCUUAUCAUUAUCAUUAGUGUUGCUAUUAGUGAAUUAUUACAAGAAGACCCCCUGUGAGUGCAAUGAGUUUAGAAAAGGCUAUGAAACUUCUGAGAAAAAAUAUAGGCACAACCUUGGGACUGAUAGUGUUUCUCGGCACACAAAAGAGACUAACAUAAAAUAAGGUUAAUAAGUUGAACUUCAUCAAAAGUACAAAAUUCUGUUCAUCAGUGAUACAAUGAAGGUAGUGAAAAGGCAAGAAGCAGGCUGGGGGGCCGGCCCAGUGGCUCAGGUGGUUGGAGCGCCGUGCUCCUAACACCGGGGUCACAGGUUCGAUUCCCACAUGGGCCAGUGAGCUGCGCCCUCUACAGCUAAGGUUGUGAACGACAGCUCUCCCUGUAGCAGGGCUGUGGUGAGCAGCCGGAGGUUGGCGUGGGCUGCUGAGUGCUGCCACGGGCUGCUACUGUGCUGCUAUGGGCUACCAUGUGCUGCCAUGAGCAGCUGGCGGCCAGCGUGAGUGGCCGGCAGCCAUCGUGAGCCGGCCGGCCUGAGCUGCUGUGAAUGGACGACCUCAGGUGAGGGAGCACAAGGCUCAUAAUACCAGCAUGGGCCAGGGAGCUGUGUCCUAUACAACUAGA